AUGCCUGGCACACAUUCUACCUCCACAGUCAUGCUGGCUAAAACUAUUCUCGCACUUUGUUUGGCGCACUUCGCGUCUGCACUAUCAUCGAACUCUACACAGGAACCUCCCUGCCCAGAUGGCUGGCUGCGUUUGUUCAAUUCGUGUUAUUUGUUCGAGACGAUGAAAUUGAGCUUUGACAUGGCCGUGACAAAUUGCGUGGUAAAAGGUGGAAAGAUUUUUGUACCGAAUUCGGCCGUAGAAUGGAAGGAAGUUGUGAAGAACGCUCCGGCUGAGCGCUGGAGCUGGGUUGGUUUGAGACGUGAAGGUGCGUAUAUGCCACGGUGGACGGAAAACGGCGGGGUCAAUGUGGCCGAAAUAGAUUGGCUCGUUAACCCCGGUACACCGGAGAUGAAUGGCUGGAGUGCAAGCACGCAGUGUCUUGCCUGUUACAACUCUCCUAGAGGCCGUCUUCGAUACGCCUUUUUCUAUUAUUGCGGAACGAAGCACUAUUCAAUCUGUAAGAAGAGAGUAGUUCUUCCACCGAAGUAG